UGGCUACCCAGUGGCCCCGCUGCUCCCAUGGAUCCGCUGAACCUGUCCUGGUACGAUGACGAUCUGGAGAGCCGGAACUGGAGCCGGCCCUUCAACGGGUCCGAAGGGAAAGCCGACAGGCCCCACUACAACUACUACGCCAUGCUGCUUACCCUCCUCAUCUUCGUCAUCGUCUUCGGCAACGUGCUGGUGUGCAUGGCCGUGUCCCGCGAGAAGGCGCUGCAGACCACCACCAACUACCUGAUCGUCAGCCUCGCUGUGGCCGACCUCCUGGUGGCCACGCUCGUCAUGCCCUGGGUGGUCUACCUGGAGGUGGUGGGCGAGUGGAAAUUCAGCAGGAUUCACUGUGACAUCUUUGUCACUCUGGAUGUCAUGAUGUGCACAGCAAGCAUCCUGAACCUGUGUGCCAUCAGCAUCGACAGGUACACAGCCGUGGCCAUGCCCAUGCUCUACAACACGCGCUACAGCUCCAAGCGCCGAGUCACCGUCAUGAUCUCCAUCGUCUGGGUCCUGUCCUUCACCAUCUCCUGCCCGCUGCUCUUCGGACUCAACAACACAGACCAGAACGAAUGCAUCAUCGCCAACCCCGCCUUCGUGGUCUACUCCUCCAUCGUCUCCUUCUACGUGCCCUUCCUCGUUACCCUGCUGGUCUACAUCAAGAUCUACAUCGUCCUCCGCAGGCGGCGCAAGCGGGUCAACACUAAGCGCAGCAGCCGGGCUUUCAGGGCCAACCUGAAGGCCCCGCUCAAGGGCAACUGCACUCACCCUGAGGACAUGAAACUCUGCACCGUUAUCAUGAAGUCUAAUGGGAGUUUCCCUGUGAACAGGCGGAGAGUGGAGGCUGCCCGCCGAGCCCAGGAGCUGGAAAUGGAGAUGCUCUCCAGCACCAGCCCGCCCGAGAGGACCCGGUACAGCCCCAUCGCGCCCAGCCACCACCAGCUGACCCUCCCCAACGCAUCCCACCACGGCCUCCACAGCACACCUGACAGCCCUGCCAAACCACAGAAGAACGGACAUGCCAAAGACCACCCCAAGAUUGCCAAGAUCUUUGAGAUCCAGUCCAUGCCCAAUGGCAAAACCCGGACCUCUCUCAAGACCAUGAGCCGCAGGAAGCUCUCCCAGCAGAAGGAGAAGAAAGCCACCCAGAUGCUCGCCAUUGUUCUCGGCGUGUUCAUCAUCUGCUGGCUGCCCUUCUUCAUCACCCACAUCCUGAACAUACACUGUGAUUGCAACAUCCCGCCCGUCCUGUACAGCGCCUUCACGUGGCUGGGCUAUGUCAACAGCGCCGUGAACCCCAUCAUCUACACCACCUUCAACAUUGAGUUCCGCAAGGCCUUCCUGAAGAUCCUACACUGCUGA